AUUUACAUCAUCAAUUAUUAUUACUGUAGUAUCGUUAUACUAUUAAUAACAAAUUUAUUUUAUAGAUUAAUUAGUCUUCAAAUUAUUACUUAUUUAUUAUAAAAAAAUGUUAUUUCGAUUCUUCAUUUUAAAUUUUUGUAAUUUUUGGAUUUUAAAUCAAUGUUUGAUGGUUUUCUGUAGUUCAAGUUCAAAAUUAGAUUCAGAUUCAAUACAACUCUCCUUAGAUGCUGAAACUAUUAUCAACAUGUUCAAUACUAUUCGUCAACAGGAUGGAUGGAAAGAGACGUUAUAUGGUUGCAGGUUCGAUGAAGAUACAUUUCAUUUUCGUAAUGACCAACAUUUUAUGUUGGAAAUUAAUAAUGAUAAUCAUUUAAAACAAUUACGAUUAUUACUCAAUAUAAUAAUUCUUAGAUACACUGAAAAUUUGAAAGUAUUUAGAUAUUUAAUGAACAGUUUUAUUCAGUUAUGUUUCCAAUAUAGAAAAUCGAGGGAUCCAAAAUUCAUUUAUUGCUCUACUAAGUUGCAGGAAACAGUAAAGAUAUCAACUAAAAUGUUUCUGAAAUUUUAUUAUGUCACUAAUUUCUUAUAUAAUAUCAAUAAUUAUCUACAUGAUCAUGGUCAAUUAUAUCAUAACAGUACUAUACUUGAUUAUAUGGGGACAUUUUAUCGUGGGACAUUAAGAAAAAAACUUGAUAUUCACAAUAUGUUUGAUGCUAAUUCUGUACUAAUAAUUUGUAGAAAUUUUAUUUAUGACAGAAUAGACAAAAAAAUACCCCCCGAACAUAGCAUUUCAAAUGAUUUGAGGAUUUAUAGCUACGAUUAUUCAGUUCAAAACCAUAUUCAGAGACUUGUAAACAUGAAAAAGGUUUUAUUUUCUGAAGAUGUUGACGACCAUACAAAAGUUUUAAAUUGGUUUUAUAUGCUAGCAGUUAGAGAUAGUUAUUAUAAUUUGGGAUUUAAUAAAGUGCUCGUUGGUGAUAUAAAGGAGCAUAUACACGAAUAUAUUGCGGAAAAUACACGUUAUCAUGAAAAUCAAGAAGAUGAUAAUUUUGAUUGUACAGAAGAACCACCAGUUCUUACACAUAGGCUUGAAUAAUAAACACUAUUGUUUUUUAUAUUAAAAAUAAGAAAAAUUGUUUUAAUUAAGUUAGUUAUUAUUUUAUUCUAUGUAGCUUUUAAUUAAAAAAUGCUUAGUAUACAAAUAAAUUUAUCUUAAUUGAUCCAAUGAUGAAACUGCAAAUAAUUUUUAUGACAGGAUUUGAAAAAACAAUUUUUUUAGUUACAAACAGUUUUUAAUUGAUUUUUAUGUUCAUUUUGUUUCAAUAAAAAUAAAUGUCUGUUUUUGAAAUGUUUAAAAAAAAUAUAUAAUAUUUUAUU